ACCGGCAGUAUAUGUCUGGACUUCUCACUCCUCCUUAUGGUGUUAUGGAAACUGGCUCCAACAAUGACAGAAUGCCAGAUAAGGACAGUAUGUCAAGCAGCGCUCUUUGCCAAGUUUCCAAAAAUUGUAAUAAGACACCUCUUAUUGAACCUCACAUCCCACAUCGUCCUACUAAAACCAUUGCACAGGUUCCUUCAGAAAAGAUCCUCAGAGCUGGAAAGAUUUUGCGGAAUACGAUUCUGUCCCGAGCCCCUCACAUGAUAAGAGAUCGUAAAUACCAUCUGAAGACUUACAGGCAAUGCUGUGUGGGGACAGAACUAGUUGACUGGAUGAUGCAGCAAAGUCCUUGCGUCCAUUCACGAACCCAGGCUGUUGGCAUGUGGCAAGUAUUGCUGGAAGAAGGUGUUCUUAACCAUGUGGACCAGGAGCACCACUUUCAAGACAAAUACUUGUUUUAUCGAUUUUUGGAUGAUGAGCGUGAAGAUGCCCCUUUGCCAACUGAGGAAGAGAAAAAGGAAUGUGAUGAGGAGCUACAGGACACUAUGCUUCUUCUGUCUCAGAUUGGGCCAGAUGCUCAUAUGAGGAUGAUUCUCAGAAAACCGCCUGGCCAGAGAACUGUAGAUGACUUAGAAUUUAUAUAUGAAGAACUUCUUCACAUUAAGGCCUUAUCUCAUCUUUCUACCACAGUAAAGCGAGAAUUAGCAGGUGUCCUGAUUUUUGAAUCACAUCCCAAAGCAGGAACGGUCUUAUUUAAUCAGGGAGAAGAAGGUACUUCUUGGUACAUUAUCCUAAAGGGAUCAGUAAACGUAGUCAUUUAUGGCAAGGGUGUGGUAUGUACUCUACAUGAAGGAGAUGAUUUUGGCAAGUUAGCACUUGUGAAUGAUGCUCCCAGAGCAGCAUCCAUUGUUCUGCGUGAAGACAACUGCCACUUCCUGAGAGUAGACAAGGAGGACUUCAACAGGAUCCUUAGGGAUGUGGAAGCAAAUACAGUAAGACUCAAAGAACAUGACCAAGAUGUCUUGGUGUUGGAGAAGGUCCCAGCAGGAAACAGAGUUUCUAAUCAAGGAAAUUCACAGCCUCAGCACAAGUAUAUUGUGAUGUCAGGAACUCCAGAGAAAAUUUUAGAACACUUUCUAGAAACUAUGCGCCUUGAAGCAACUUUAAAUGAAGCAACAGACUCUGUUUUAAAUGAUUUUAUUAUGAUGCACUGUGUUUUUAUGCCAAAUAGCCAGCUCUGCCCAGCCUUGAUGGCACACUACCAUGCCCAGCCUUCCCAGGGUACAGAGCAGGAGAAAAUGGAUUAUGCCCUCAACAAUAAAAGGCGAGUCAUUCGACUGGUUCUGCAGUGGGCUGCUUUAUAUGGAGACUUACUACAAGAAGAUGAAGCAGCAAUGGCCUUUUUGGAGGAAUUUUACGUAUCUGUAUCAGAUGAUACUAGAAUGAUUGCAGCACUAAAGGAGCAACUUCCAGAGCUAGAGAAAAUUGUAAAGCAAGUUUCUGAAGAACCUAAAGCACCACAAAAGAAGCACAAAGUUCUUCUGCAGCUGUUCAACACAAGUGAUGACAGAGCACAGAAACGCCAGCCUAUCAGGGGCAGCGACGAAGUUCUCUUUAAGGUGUACUGCAUAGACCAAACCUACACCACUAUCCGGGUGCCAGUGUCUUCCUCGGUGAAGGAGGUGAUCAGCGCAGUAGCAGAUAAGCUGGGUUCUGGAGAAAGCCUCAUUAUAGUAAAGAUGAGUUCGGGAGGAGAAAAGGUUGUGCUCAAGCCUCAUGAUGUUUCAGUGUUUACAACUCUCAGUGUUAAUGGACGGCUGUUUGUUUGCCCACGUGAUCAGUUUGAUUCAUUGGUGCCUUUACCAGAACAAGAAGGACCAUCUACUGGUACCAUAGGGACGUUCGAACUGAUGAGCUCCAAAGAUUUAGCACAUCAGAUGACAAUUUAUGACUGGGAGCUCUUCAACUGUGUGCAUGAGCUGGAAUUGAUCUAUCACACUUUUGGAAGGCACAAUUUUAAAAAGACCACAGCAAAUCUGGACUUGUUUUUAAGAAGAUUCAAUGAAAUUCAGUUCUGGGUGGUCACUGAAAUUUGUCUUUGCUCUCAACUCAGCAAGCGUGUUCAGCUGUUAAAGAAGUACAUUAAGAUAGCAGCCCACUGUAAAGAAUACAAAAAUCUGAAUUCCUUUUUUGCUAUUAUUAUGGGACUGAGUAAUGUUGCUGUAAGCCGUCUCUCAUUAACUUGGGAGAAACUUCCAAGCAAGUUCAAGAAGAUCUAUGCAGAGUUUGAAAGCUUAAUGGAUCCAUCAAGAAAUCAUAGGGCCUACAGACUAACUGUAGCUAAAUUGGACCCUCCAAUAAUUCCUUUCAUGCCACUACUUAUAAAAGACAUGACGUUUACUCAUGAGGGAAACAAGACAUUCACUGACAACCUAGUAAACUUUGAAAAAAUGCGCAUGAUUGCCAACACUGUCAGGACGGUGAAAUUCUGCCGAAGCCAAUCUUUCAAUCCCGACGCAGCCCUAACUAAUAAGAACCAUCAGGAUGUUCGGAGCUAUGUGCGGCAAUUAAAUGUGAUUGACAACCAGAGAACGUUAUCACAGAUGUCUCACCGACUAGAACCGCGUCGAGCAUAAACAUUUGAAGCAAUGAUGAGAAAUGAUCUUUUAUCCUGUCAAGGUCACUCGUUAAGAACUUCACUCUCUCUGCUACCGCACUGCCACUACAAAAAUAAGCAAAAAUGUAUUCUAAGGUCUUAGGCAACGCACAAUGUACCAGCCUGUCAGAGAACUUUGGCUGAGGAAGAAUUUAUGCACUGUGGCUGUAUGGGUGGCCAUGUUGUGAACUGUUAAUUCGGAUUAAGGUGUAACAAACGAUUUCUCCUGUGGAUAAAACCAGGAAAAAGAUAGCAUAGAAUAGUUAGUGAAAAAUGCACAAAGAGCUUCUAACAAUUCUAAGGAAGGUAGUGAUUUUCUCCCUAAUCGAAAAUCUGUAUUUUAUGAUUUAUUCUCCAGGUCAGGACCAAAACUGAACAUGAAUUUAGCUUGCCCAGCUACUG